AUGGACGGCAAACGCCAUCUCUCGUCGUUCCAGCAGUUGGAGAAGCUUGGAGAGGGAACAUACGCCACUGUCUUCAAAGGGCGCAACCGACAAACCGGCGAAUUCGUCGCGCUCAAGGAGAUUCACCUUGAUUCCGAGGAAGGUACACCCAGCACCGCCAUCCGCGAGAUCUCGCUUAUGAAGGAGCUCAAACACGAGAACAUUGUCGCGCUACACGAUGUGAUCCACACGGAGAACAAGCUUAUGUUGGUGUUUGAUUACAUGGAUGGCGAUUUGAAGAAGUACAUGGAUACCAAGGGCGAUCGUGGAGCCCUGCAGCCCAUGCUCAUCAAGUCCUUCAUGUACCAGCUGCUGAAGGGUAUUGAUUUCUGCCACAAGAACAGGGUGCUGCACAGGGACCUCAAGCCUCAGAACCUGCUCAUCAACAGUAAGGGUCAGCUGAAGCUGGGUGAUUUCGGUCUGGCCAGAGCAUUCGGAAUCCCAGUCAACACCUUCAGCAACGAGGUUGUCACACUGUGGUAUCGAGCCCCCGACGUCCUUCUGGGAAGCCGGACAUACAACACCAGCAUCGACAUCUGGUCUGCUGGAUGUAUCAUGGCGGAGAUGUACACGGGCCGGCCGUUGUUCCCAGGCACGACCAACGAGGAUCAGAUCACAAGGAUUUUCAGGAUCAUGGGCACGCCAACGGAGCGUACAUGGCCUGGAAUCACUCAGUUCCCCGAAUACAAGCCAAACUUCCAGAUGUACGCCACUCAGGACCUCCGCCAGAUCCUGCCGAUGAUCGACGCCGCAGGAAUCGACCUGCUGCAGAAGAUGCUCCAGCUGCGCCCAGAGCUCCGAAUCAGCGCCGCAGACGCCCUCCAGCACCACUGGUUCAGCGACCUGAUAGUCCAGCAGCACCAGCAGCAGCAACGGGCGAUGCAAGCACAGGCGCAAGCUAGGGCCUAUACGCAAGUGCCAUCGCAGGGUGUUCCGUCACAAGGCUACGAGAACUACUAG